CUUCCGGUCUGGCACGUCAGGUUAACUGUUUUGCACAUGAAAUGAGCGCGGUGCCUCUGCGACUCUUAUAAGCGCGGCUUCUUCCCGCACCGUGAAGCGGCUCCGAACGCGUGCAGCGGCCGCGAUGUCUGCGUCAGAGUGGUACGCGCACAAGGCUGUGGCGGACGGACUGUUCUGGAUCCAGGAGCGCUUCUACGAGUCCGGAAACAGGGCGAACAUCUGGCUGCUCCGCGGUUCCCACCAGGACGUGGUGAUCGAUGCCGGGCUCGGCCUCAGAAGUCUGCCCGAGUACCUGAGCGCGGCGGGCCUGCUGGGGGACACUUCUGGGCGGGGGCGCAACCCGCUGCUGGCCGUCGCCACCCACGUCCAUUUCGACCACUCGGGGGGGCUGCACCAGUUCGCGCAGGUGGGCGUCCACAAGGCUGAAGUGGACGCGCUCUCCAGCGGCGACAACUACGAGACGGUGACGUGGCUGAGCGACGCGGAGGUGGUGCGCGCGCCCGCGCCCGGCUGGCGAGCCAGCGGCUACAGGGUGAAGGCGGUGCAGCCCACCCACAUCUUACAGGAAGGUGAUGUCAUCAACCUUGGGGACAAGCAGCUGACAGUGCUGCACAUGCCUGGCCACUCCAGGGGCAGCAUCUGCCUCCACGACAAAGAGAAUAAGAUGCUGUUCAGCGGAGACACUGUCUACGACGGCUCCAUGAUCGACUGGCUGCCCUACAGCAAGAUCAGUGACUACGUGAGCAGCUGCGAGCGGCUGGUGCAGCUGGUGGACGAUGGGCAGGUGGAGCAGGUUCUCCCAGGCCACUUCAACACGUUCGGUCCCAAGCGGCUGCAUCAGCUUGCCUCCGGUUAUAUAUCCAAAGCUGGGGCCUGUCACAGAUUCUCCACAUGUGCAGUGAAGUCAAUUGCUAGCCUCGCCCUGCGGGUAUCAAACUCAAGAGGUGCUUGUUAACGGCAACAUACUGAACAGGUCUUAUGAAUGUCUUCAUGCAACCAUGCCAGACUAUCUUGCUGAAAGUGGUCCCUGGUGAUUCUGGGGCACUGGAAUCCAAUGUGACUUAUAUCUGUAAUGUUUACCGUGGUCUUAACCAGCACUGUCACAACUAAUGUAUGUGUUUUGUGUCUCUGUGUAUUGACUUUUAAUUUAGAUAAUAGUUCAAUUAAAUAUCUGCUGUAAAGAUACCCAAAAGGAUGGGUGUCAUUUCAAUAUGUGAUGAUUAAAAAUAUACAGUAUAUGUAAGAAUGACUUGUAUCCUGAUGUAUUGAAUUUCUUUCAGGUUCUUGAUUUUAACUUUAAGCCCAGAGUUAAAAUCUAUAAUCACUGUCUGAACUUAUUUGUGCAUUUGAGACAUGGUGUUAGUUGAAUAACAAAUCAUUGUAGCCAUAUAACUGGUCAACUGUAUAAGUCAGUUACACCCUGUUUAUACCAUCUUUAAAUCUUAGUUCUGUGUACCCUGUGUUUGGAAGCAGUUGAAGAGUAUAAAGGUGGGGUCUGUACACUCAUUCUGGAAACAUCAUGGAUAGUUCAGCCUGAUUGUUAAUUUAUUCUGCUUUAAUGCUGCCUUUUUUUUUUUGCAAGUGAGCUGCACCCCAGUGAGGGGCAUCUAUAUUUAGAGCUCAUGAUCCAUGAGUAUGUACGAUAACAGACAUUUUGGUGAAAUCAGUAUAAUUCAUAUCUUGAAGUCUUAAUGGCUGUGCUGCACUUUAUUUUUAGGUAUAUGCAGUGUCUUGGCAAAUAUUUAAUAUCAACCCAGUUUUUUUUUUCUGUUGCUUGUUAUAAGAGCUCUGAGUACUGCGUUUCACUAUAUUUCAACUAUUCUCUUCCAAGGACCGCUCAUGGAAAAAUAUGGUUGCCUACUGAAAAGCCAUAAUGAAGCUUGAAGUUGCAUAGAUUGUUAAUCUUAUGCCUUUUAAGCUAUUUGUCUUCCAAUGGUUAAGGAUGAUCAAUAAAAGAAAUCCUGA